AUGUCUAAUUAACAAACUUAAUCAUACACUUCCUCCAUCAUAUAUACACCUAUUCCAUUGAAGCUAUAAUUUAGUGCGUCUUGUUCCAGGAAGUAAAGUACGAAUUCUAACAUACUUGAAGAAAGUACUGCAUCUUCAUUCAUAUAUUCCAGAAGUCAAGAUAAUAUUUUGUAUUUUGUAGUGAAUAAACACUUAUAGAUUUGCUAAAUUUGAAUAAGAGAACCAAGAAAGACCUGAAAAUCCUAUGACAAGAGAUGAGAAAUUUAAGGAACUUCAAAACUUAUUCUUUGAUUCUGAAUCAUAUAUUACAGAAGUUGAACUGUUUUAUUGA